AAUUUUAUAUAUAAAUAAGUAGGUGGUGGUGCUCUAUCCCACCUUGUUAUGUGCAUAUUCUUAGGAACUCUAAGUCUUCCUCUGUCUCUCUCUCUCUCUCUCUCUCUCUCUCUCUCUCUGUAUAUCAAUACUCAUCUGAAACCUCUGGUUUGAGGGAUCAAUUGCAGAUUCCAGGUACACUUUCUUGGCAUUUGAGUUGUGUGGAACACAAAAUGGGAAGACAACCUUGCUGUGACAAAGUGGGGUUGAAGAAGGGCCCAUGGACUGCAGAGGAAGAUAAGAAACUCAUCAACUUCAUCCUUACCAAUGGCCAAUGUUGCUGGAGAGCUGUCCCUAAACUAGCAGGGCUGUUAAGGUGUGGCAAAAGUUGCAGGCUCAGAUGGACAAAUUACCUCAGGCCAGACCUCAAGAGAGGCCUUUUAUCAGAAUAUGAAGAGAAAAUGGUCAUUGAUCUCCAUGCUCAACUUGGCAAUAGGUGGUCUAAGAUUGCUUCUCAUCUUCCAGGAAGAACUGAUAAUGAGAUCAAGAAUCACUGGAACACUCACAUAAAGAAAAAGCUCAAGAAAAUGGGAAUUGAUCCUGUUACCCACAAGUCACUUUCCAUUACAACUGAGCAAAGCCAAGCCCAACCAGAUCAACAACCCAAUCAGCCAUUGCAAGAACCACAAGAUCAGCAACAAGCUAUCCAAGUUGAGGAAGACCCAAAAUUUGAGCCUGAAAAUGGGCAAAACAAGGAGCCAGAGAAGGCAGAGACUUCAUUUGAUGUAUCAACCAUCACCGAAGAAGCUAAGGAGGAAGACCAAAUCAUGAUACCCCUUUUUGAAUCGAUAAUGAAUGAGUUAUUCACUGAUGAAGUUCCCAUUAUAGAGCCCAGUGAGAUAUUAGUUCCAUCUGCUACUUCCACUUCACCAACCACUACAUCAUCUUCAACGUCAUCGUCUUCAUAUUCAAAUUCCCCCAACUUCUUUGAAGACCUGCAGCUCCCAGAUUUUGACUGGUCUGAUGAUUACAAUGAUACUAAGAUUGACAACAACAAUAGCAGUGUGGCCUUGUGGGAUGAUGACUUGAUUAGAAGUUGGAAUAUGCUUAUUAAUGAUGAUGGCGAUGGUGACAGAAAGCAAGUGUUUGACACUUCUGCUAAUCAGUACCCAAGACUCAUCAUGGAUUCAGAAUCUUGGGCAUAUGGGUUGUUUUGAGUUGAAUUUUUUUUCUCUCCACUUCUUACUUGUAAUGUGCUUGUAAGUUGUUGCAAAGAAUAAAAAGUUAAUCAGAAUUCAAACAGAA